CGCUCUCCGCGCCCCUCCGCGCCAUCGCCGCCGGAUCCCGCGUCGCCGCGUCCGACCCCGUCAAGGUCUCGUGUGUGAGGAGCACUGGCUCAGCUCACUUCGGCUGCGCCUCCAUCGAUCUGCCCUCGCGUUCUAUGGUUAUCAUCUCCCCUUGCGCUGGUUGCUGAUCCGUGCUCUACUUAUCGAAUCUCCUCCUUGGCCGCAGGGUCCGGUGGCGAAGGGAAGGCAAGAUGUACACCGCGAGGAAGAAGAUCCAGAAGGAGAAGGGCCUUGAGCCCUCCGAGUUCGAGGACUCCGUUGCCCAGGCUUUCUUUGAUUUGGAGAAUGGGAACCAGGAGCUCAAGAGCGACCUCAAGGACCUGUACAUCAACAAUGCUAUCCAGAUGGAUGUUACCGGGAGCAGGAAGGCUGUUGUCAUCCACGUCCCAUACCGCCUGCGCAAGGCCUUUAGGAAGAUCCAUGUCAGACUCGUCAGGGAGCUGGAGAAGAAAUUCAGCGGCAAGGAUGUGGUAAUUGUUGCUACAAGGAGGAUCGUGAGGCCACCCAAGAAGGGUUCAGCUGUUGUGCGCCCUCGCACCAGGACUCUCACUGCUGUUCACGAUGGCAUCUUGGAGGAUGUUGUCUACCCAGCCGAGAUUGUGGGGAAGCGUGUCAGAUACCGUCUGGAUGGUUCCAAGAUUAUCAAGAUUUUCUUGGACCCAAAGGAGAGGAACAACACCGAAUACAAGCUGGAGACCUGCACUGCAGUCUACCGCAGGCUGUGUGGGAAAGAUGUGGUCUUUGAGUACCCUAUGACCGAAAAUGCAUAAAUAUGAUGCCCUUUGGAUAUCUCCUCUAUUUCGUUGAUUCUGGAUGUUAUGUUGGGUCUCCUUAUGUACUUCAAAAACCAUAGUUUUGAUGCUAAAGUUGUUGCCUAGGAAUUUGGUACUGGGAAGUGGCAGUGGACGUGAACAAUGUUAAGUUUUGAGCAUUUAAAUUAAACCUUCGCCCUGAUAA